AUGUCUUCCCCGGCAUUUGCAUCGGCUUUAUUGAGAAAUUGUGCAAGUUGCACUGUAUCUCGUUGCCGUGCAAUCACCAAGAGCCCACACACCUUGGGUACCUUUUACACGAAGAUAUUCGUCUACCAGAAAUAUACAGAGAAGGAGAUUCGAAAUAUCACUGUAGCUCAUCGCGAAGCCAAAUGCCUUUCUGACAAGAUCGCCUUGGGCUUGGUACGUUUGCUUCGAUGGUGCACUGAUUUCGUGACUGGGUAUCGAAAUCCCGAAAGGAACAAAGAAAUCGCAGACAAGUUUGAUAUGACUGAGAGAAAAUGGCUUAUUCGUUUCAUUUUUCUCGAAUCGGUUGCUGGGGUGCCUGGUAUGGUGGGCGGCAUGCUCCGACAUCUGAAGAGUAUCAGACGGAUGAAGAGGGAUCAUGGAUGGAUCGAGUCCUUGAUUGACGAAGCCUACAACGAGCGCAUGCACCUCUUGACAUUCCUCGACCUGGCAGAUCCAGGUAUCGUCAUGCGCUUAGUUGUCUUGGCCGCGCAGGGCGUCUUCUUCAAUGCCUUCUUCGUCUUCUACCUUGUUUCGCCCAAGACAUGUCACCGAUUUGUUGGAUACCUGGAGGAAGAAGCUGUCAUCACCUAUACACACGCAAUCCGUCAACUUCAAGCUGGAAAACUGCCAGCAUGGGACAAUUUAUCAGCGCCGGAGAUUGCAAUCAAAUAUUGGAGAAUGCCAGAGGGAAAACAGAGAAUGGUUGAUUUGUUGCUUUAUGUUCGGGCGGAUGAAGCGAAGCAUCGCGAGGUUAACCAUACUUUGGGAAACUUAGACCAGCAUGAAGAUCCCAAUCCUUAUACUGCGCUUUAUCACGAUGGGAAUAAUGCUGGUCCCUCAGCGUCGCCCGAUGCAGGGAAGCCCAUUGGGUGGGAGCGAGAUGAACUAAUUUAG